UCCCAAACUUUUCUCCUAGCAACACGUGUUCCCAAGGCUAGUAUCUGGUGAAAUAAAUUAAGUCAAGUUGUAGGCCUAUAACCAACCCUUCUGAGGACAUCCUGAAACCCUCCCAAGGUCCUUCGGGCAUCUCUGGACCUCAGUCUACUUGGCAACCUUUACUGAGGCUACUCUGCAUCCAGAUCUUGUGAUAAAGUUAAAGCCUAGCCGAUUUAACAAUGUUUUAAUUCUAGGUCUGGUCAGUUUUAUCAUCACUGGUCAGAGAGGAGAAGGACUUCUGACAACUAAUCUUCACUGCAGGCUACAGUGUCUGAUAUCAACAGGCCGUCCAGACACGUCCCGUUCACACCGCGCACUGACCACAGGAGAGUGAUGGUGCUCCCGAGCAGCCCGAGGAGCGCAAUUACACAAUCUCAGCUGCCUCUCAAACACACACAGGCUCCACAGAGAGGAGGAGACGAGGAGGGCGCCUCCGUUCGUCCGUCCAUUCAUCAAUCCGCUCAGUAAUCGCUCUCUGCUGCCUGGACCUCCCGCGUGCCCCUACCAGCCUGCGCGGAGGCGCGAGACUACACCACGAGCCUCGGUCUGUCGGCGGCGGCCGCGAACAACAGUCGCACGCGCAUACCGGCGAGAGGGGGGCAGCUGGGAAGGACGCUCAGCGUGGAGAGAAAAGAGAGCCCGUCUGUCAGUGUUAUUCCCCGAUGUGGAUGUAGAGAGACACAGGGGUGUGAGGACCACCGCCGCAAACUCUCCUUUUCAGCCUCUGACUGAACGCAUUUUACCGGAUCCUCCCUGGUUUGGACAGCCCCUCCCCUCAGUUGAAGAGCACCAUGACCCAGGAGGGGCAGGCUCUGCCCUCUCCCACCCCACCAGAGAACCCAGUGGAGCCCAAUACAGCCACCAGCACCACUGACCCGCGCGCAGACACACACAACCAUGCAGAGCAGGACAAGCUGGGGGCCAGGGGGGCGGACAAGACAGAGGAGGGGAAACAAGAAGAAGAAGAGGAAGAGGCACAGGGAGAGACACACGGGGAAAGAGAGGGGAGGGGAGAAGUAAAGGAUGAGGGAGGAGAGGGUGAGUUGAAAGAGGAGAGAGUAGAUGGCACUGGUGAUGAGGAUCAACAGACAGACGGAGGGGCGGAGGGAGAGAGGGAAGGGACGAAAGGGGAAGGAUGUAUAAAUGUAGAGGUAAGCUCGGGGGAAGAGGCAGCACGUGAGGCGGAGGGGAUGAAAGAAGAAGAGGAGGAAAGUGAUGAGAAGCAACUGUCUAUGGAGGAAGAGGCAUCUCACCCUCAAGAAGCUGGGCGACUGGCAAAUGGCCUAGGUGGGAAUGAAGAUGAUGAUGAAGCGGGUGAGGAGGACAAGGUGGGAGAUGAGGGGGGGGCUCAUACACACUUGGACACUUUCAGCUCUAACUUUGAGACUACUGUAGAACAGGCCGACACAGAAGUGGAGGAAGAAGAGGAAGAGGUCCAGAAAGAGGAAGUUGGGAUAGAGAACCAGGACAGCUUCAGCUCAGCGUUUGAGCAGAUUGUUGAGCAGGUUGAUGUUCAGGAGGAGGAAGAGGAGGAAGAGGAGAGGGAGUUGGAGGAGGAGAGAGAGAAAGGUAGUGUGGACAACAAAGACGGCUUCAGCUCUACAUUCGAGCGUAUUGUAGAGUCUGCCUUGCUGAGGGGCGGGACCUGUUACAGCAGCCUGGACUCUCUGGACGUGCUGUCACUCACAGAUGAGACGGACAGCUGCGUCAGCUUUGAGGCACCACUGACCCCACUCAUCCAACAGAGGGCGCUGUUACAGGGUCCUGAACCCCUGGAGCUGGAGCUGGCAACUGUUCAGGAGCAAGAAGGGGCUGAGGCUGGACCAGACGCCCCAGGUGGUGAUCUCACAGCCGGGGAGAGCGCCCUCCAUGGAGCCGGAGCUGUGGCUGGAGUAGGAGGAAGCCCACUGAGGACCACCAUACCAGGGAGCAGAUCAGAGUUUGUGCUGAGCCAGCCAGGACGCUGGGCCAUCCCUAAUGGAUACCAUAAAGACUCCCAGGGAGCCAUAGAAGGUUGUGGAGCCAUGAUCAACUCUGUCAGUGAUGCCAACCUCACAGACGUGCUGUCUGACUCAGAGGAGUGUGAUUUGGGCAGUCUGGAGCGUUUGGAGCGCGGCAGCACCGACACUCUGGCCAAUGGCUGCCGAGCCGACUGUGAGGCCGCCAAGAGGCUGGCCAAGCGCCUCUAUCACCUCGAGGGCUUCAAACGCUGUGAUGUGGCCAGACACCUGGGCAAAAAUAACGAGUUCAGCCAGUUGGUGGCAUCAGAAUACCUGAGUUUCUUUGAUUUCACCGGCCUGUCGCUGGAUCGAGCCCUGAGGAACUUCUUAAAGGCCUUUCCACUGAUGGGAGAGACCCAGGAGAGAGAGAGGGUCCUUGUACAUUUCUCCAGGCGCUUCUGCCAGUGCAACCCACAGACACCCACCUCUGAAGGUCAGAGCAACGAUGGUGAUGAUGUUGACAAUGAUGAUGGAGCUCACACAUUAACCUGUGCCCUCAUGCUGCUCAACACUGAUCUACACGGACAUGUGAACAUUGGGAAGAAGAUGUCUUGCCAACAGUUUAUCAGUAAUCUAGAUGGCCUCAACAAUGGCGAAGACUUCCCUAAAGACUUAUUAAAGGUUUUGUACAACUCAAUCAAGAAUGAGAAGCUUGAGUGGGCAGUUGAAGAGGAGGAGCUGAGGAAGAGUCUGUCAGAGCUGGUGGAGGAGCAAUGUGAGGGUGGGAGUAAGCGUGUUGCCAGGGUAACGGACGGCACUAACCCUUUCAUCGCCAUUCCCAUUCUCUUAAAUGCCGUAACCUAUAAACACGGAGUGCUGACCCGCAAGAGCCACGCUGACAUGGACGGCAAACGCACCCCGAGGGGUCGCCGUGGUUGGAAGAAGUUCUAUGCGGUUCUGAAGGGAAUGAUCUUGUAUCUCCAGAAGGAUGAGUACAAGCCUGACGCUGACAUUUCAGAGGUGGACCUGAAGAACGCAGUGCGGAUCCACCACGCUUUAGCCACUCGUGCCACCGACUACAGCAAGAAAGCCAACGUACUUAAGCUGAAAACCUCAGACUGGAGAGUCUUUCUGCUGCAGGCCCCUAGUGAGGAGGAGAUGAUGUCUUGGAUAUUCCGAAUAAACCUGGUGGCAGCGCUGUUCUCCGCUCCGGCCUUCCCCGCUGCCAUCGGCUCCAUGAAGAAAUUCUGUCGGCCCAUCUUGCCGUCCUCAUCCACCAGACUCAAUCAGGAGGAUCAGCUGCUGAGUCAUGAGAGCAAGCUGAAGCAGAUGAGCCUAGAGCUGGAGGAGCACCGGAAAAACCUGCCCUCAGCCGACCCCAAAAGCCGCGAGUGGGAGGAGUACCGGCUCAAAGAGCACUACCUCACGUAUGAGAAGACUCGGUAUGAGACGUACAUCAGCCUCCUGCAGGCGAAAAUCCGCGCAGAGACGGACGACCUUGAGAAAAUCGAGGCCAGCUUCAUGGGUGGCCUUAUCAUGGAGGGUGGCCUGGCCAGCCGCGAAUGCCAACUCCGUAAGACGCGGUCCUCCCCGUCCAUCAGUCAGGCUCAGGGCGGGCUGAACGGCAAGGCCAUUGGAUGCACUGCCCCAGGACAGAGGAGCUGAGGGGAGGAAGGAGGACCAGAGCCCACAAACCAACACCUCUCCAGGCCAAACUAGCUUAAUCCUCCAACUUCGUAUUGGGCUUUUUUUGUUAGUAUUUUGUGUUUUGGGCUCCUCCGUUCCUCCUGUUGUACUUCGAGUAUGAGAGUGGGCAGCAACAGAGGAAAUGACUCUAUCACUAUCCUUCCCAGAAUUUAUCAACCCUGGUGAUAAGUUUCUGUCCUAGAGAAAUAGAUGAAGAUGAUGAAGAGCCCCGCACUUGAUACCCAAUAAGUAACCCUGCCAAACCUCAGUUCUUUGAACUUUUAUUAUUGCACAUUAAAAUGAUCCUAACUGUGAUCACUAUUUAUAACGACAUCAUCAGUAUUAUUUUGAAAUGAAACUCAGAAGGAUGCUUUCUUUAGUUGAAAUGUGUUGUUAGUUAAGAGCAGAACUUUGAGUAAUUUAUGUGUUAUUUUAAAUCCAGAUAUAGAACAAGCAGAGACAGACUGGUUUGCCGCGGUCCUCCCUGUCUUGUCCUCGUCCUGCAGUGAGGCAGCGAUUCAGAUGAAGAUGGUACUACUGUAGCAUUUAGGCCUUUUUUCCCACUCAUGUUUACACACCCAGCAACUCACAUGAUUGUGUAUGGACCUACAGUAUGGGUGGAGUGAGGUGUGUGAAGAUACAACAUAUCUGUCCCAGAGUUACAAAAACUCUCAAAGAACUUCUCAGAAGGAUCAAGUCCUUGCCAUGUAUAACAUAUUAUUUAUUUAUUUAUUUAAUUCUCCAAACCUUUAUUCACCCCAGGAAGGGUUUACACUGAGCAUGCGUGCUCUUUUUCGGCAAUUUCCUUCUUGACAUUCAUACAGUUACAUUCAUUUGUAAGUUUAAAGGAGCUGCCAAGUGGAACAGCCGUGGUUUUAGCCGUUCACUAAGCUGCUCCACCAGAGGAACUGGAGGUUGAGUGCCUUACUCAAGGGCACCUUGACACUAGUUGUUGAGGGAUUUGGAGAGUGUUAGUCAGUCACUUGUCAGAGAGAUCACAAGUCUGUUUCUGAGACUUUUAAGCCACCGCUAGCCCAAAUACUGACAUGUAUUCAAUUAUUCUGUUUGCUUUCCUUACAACUCAAAUCUGAACUGAAGAGGAUAACUGUGUGUGUGACUGGAUGAAAGCACCGUGCCAUGUUCUGUUUUAUCCCACAAACCACUCUUCUUAUAUCACGACAGAGUGCACUGAGCUGAUAGAGCUGAUGCGUAACAAUAAAUGGUUGGGUGUGAGGCUUCUAAAGAUCGAAAUGAAGGGCAGAACGGGAAGGUGUGGGUGGGAGGCACACGGUAUGAGUGGGUCAGCUGGUGUAUGUGUGUGUGCACAUGCAUGUGUGCGUGCAUUGGCAUGCUCUUUUCAAGUGGUUCCAGUUGAGACGCUGUAGGCAACAGGAAGAAAUAAAUAUAGCAGGGUCAUGUUUUUGUAUGAAGAAUUUAUUGCGCAUGUUUGGUGAGGAACAAUCCAAUGGCAUUCUGCUGAAUAAGACUGCCGUCACAACCGGGCCCGUAUCUCUCAAAAUCAUCUUCAGCGCAAAGGGCAGCCACAUUCCUUGUGACAACAGAUGUACCAUAACCUCUAACCAAUCCACGUUCUGAAUUAUAACAACUUAGUGGACGUAUUGUAGCUCGUUUGGCCUCGUAUUGGGCAUUUUACUAGUAUUGGUGUACUCCUUCCACUGCCAUUGUUCCUAACAGAUGAAGAUGUUUUUGGGAAAGCAGGCCAUGGUGAAUCUUAAGACAGAGGCCGGCUGAUUGGGGAGUGUAGCAGCAGGACUGCUCCAGCAUAUUGUUCUUAGGUGAAGAAACAUGUCGGCAUUCUCGAAUGGAGAAUGGAACAG